AUGGGUACUCCAUCUUCUCUACCCAUAAACCCUAACUCCAGUCCCAGUCCGCCGCUACCUCAAUCACCACCACCGCAAACACCGCCGCUACCUCAAUCACCACCACUACCCCAAGGCCAAACACCAACUCUCAUUCUGCCAACCCCCUUCUCGCCACAAACUGCGCCACAAAAUGAAACACUCAUUUUCGAAACUCAGUCCCCAGACCUAAUGCCUGAACCUGUGCCAACUCAAACGAAAUCUAAAGGUAAAACUAAAAAGGCUGCAGGUAGACCCAAGAAAACCACUGUCAGAAAAAGAAAAGGAGCGCCCUCUGUUCCUUUCGACUUAAAUUCUCCACCUCAACCUUCCUCUGAACUAGUCAGCAAAAGAACUAGGUCCUUCUCGCACAUUCCACCACCAGCGGUCCAAACCCUUGUAUCUCAGUCACCCUUAAACUCUCCAGCAGCACCUGCGUCUUCUGCCAAUGAUAUAGAGGAGGUACUUUCUCCAUUACCUUGGGCUUUUAAAGGCAUGGAUAUGAAAAAUUCUUAUGAGAGUUUAGCUUCUAAACCUAUUUUGGCAAAUAAGGUUCGGGCUAUAAACAUAUUGAGUGGCAACAAACUAUCUAUGACCCUGUUCAAUUCUGGAAAGACAUUGCACCUUUUGGGGGUUAUUACAGACAGAGGACUGCAAAAGCCUCUAGAAUAG